CAGCAGUGCGGGCUCCGCCCCCACUCCGCCAGCCGGGCCAUCAGGUGAUCUCAGACCCUCGUGGUCACGUGGACAGGGCGGGCGCGCCCGAGCUGGCCAUGGCGGCCGCGGUGUCCGGUGUGGUGAGGCGGGUGGAAGAGCUCGGGGACCUGGCUCAGGCUCACAUACAGCACCUUAGCGAAGCCGCGGGGGAAGACGAUCACUUUUUAAUUCGGGCCUCUGCAGCUCUAGAAAAAUUGAAACUCUUAUGUGGAGAAGAGAAGGAAUGUUCCAAUCCAUCAAAUCUUUUGGAGCUAUAUACACAGAUGCAUUUUCUUCUUUGUCUAAAGGCCAUAUUGGACAUGACAUAUUUUGAGGAGAACAAGCUCGUAGAUGAGGAUUUUCCUGAGGACUGUUCUCCACAGAAAGUAAAAGAGCUGCUCGCCUUUCUUACAGAACCAGAAACCUUAGCUAAAGAAAACAAUAUGCAUCCCAAACUGUGUGAUUUGCUUGGGGAUGAGCUCCUGGAGUGCCUCUCCUGGAGACGAGGGGCCUUGCUGUAUAUGUAUUGUCAUUCUUUAACUAAGAGAAGGGAGUGGCUCCUCAGAAAAUCUAAUUUGCUUCAAAAGCACCUUGUCGAUGGAAUCAAUUACUUGCUGCAGAUGCUGAAUUAUCGAUGUCCUGUCCAGUUAAACGAAGGCGUUUCUUUCCAAGACCUAGACACAGCUAAAUUACUGAGUACAGGAAUUUUUAGUGAUAUCCAUGUGCUGGCUAUGAUGUACAGUGGAGAAAUGUGCUACUGGGGAUUAAAGCAUUGCACAGAUCCACAGUCAGAGAAUCAUGAAGUUGGUACUGCUGACUUUGGAGCAAGCUGCACCACGCACAAAGAACCCUUGGAUUUCCGAGAAGUGGGAGAAAAAAUCUUGAAGAAGUAUGUGUCGGUGUGUGAAGGACCGCUGAAGGAGCAGGAGUGGAACACCGCCAACGCCAAGCAGAUCCUCAGCUUCUUCCAGCAGUGCUGCAGCUAGGCAGUCUUCAGGUCUCAGCUCCAGAGACGGAGAGAUCGCAGGAGUGGAAAAGAAGGCUUCGACAGGAGGUGGACUACGCUGAUCUGGAGACUGUUACACUACAUAAAGAUGCCCAGUGUGGCUCCGCUUCUCUGAUGCUGUCACCUUCCCCGUGUAGUCUUAGGUCUGUGAAGAAAGUAUUCUCUAAUUUCUAAAAUGGCAUAUAUGCUAUUCUAAUGGAACGUGAACUACGUAUAAACCUGCCACUGGUAAGGAGGAACCCAAUGUAGAUGGACAGCUUUUUUCUAAUAUUUUAGGUUAUAUUUUUUAUUGUACUAAAAUAUAUGUAACACAAAAUAUCCUUAUUUUGAAGUAUGCAUACUUCAAAGAUGAAUAUCAGUUAUUCUCCUUGUUUCAAAUGUAUAGUAUAGAUAUAAAUGUAGAUAAUUAGAAUAUUAUGACUAAUAUUUAGAUUUCAUUUCCAGUAAUGUAAACAGCAAAAGAUUUAAAAAAUGAAUCUUAUUUAUUUUGCCAUGCAUUACUAAUAAUACUUAGAUUACUUACCCAUUUUAUAAAUUAUUUUAUUUUGUUUAAAACAAAAACUGCAUGGUUUCUCCAAUAAUGAAGGUAAAAGUGAGUGUCGAUGAGUCUACAUUAGUUCAGAUGCUCUGAAGGCACAUCUUUGCAUUUAAUGAACUUUACAUAUGUGUUGCCUCUCAGUAGGAUGGAAAUGCUGAAGGCCAAAGAGCCUAGUUUGCUGUCUUGCUCACUGUUUUUCUGCCUACCUCAAAUCCUAUUGUCUUGCGAUGCUCUGUUUGAUACUUUCCGAUGCACUAGACUUCUGUCCCAGUGACAUCUUCACAUUCCAGUCAUUUAUGUAACAAACCUAAGCAUUAGCCACUUGCUUUCUCUUUCUAAAGUUUUAAAUUUUAGUAACUGAUGACAGUUCUCUUCUUUCCAGCUUUUAAAAUUUCCAUGUUUUUAUUCUUUUUUUCCUUUCUGUUUUUAUUCGAUGGCUUUCAUCCUUUUCACGGGCUUCUCUCCACUGCUCUAACCCCUGGACAGCGAACCUCUUUCAUGCUUUUUUUUUGCCCCACAUUUCCUGGGGCAUCAUGCAAAUACUGACCUCCCUUGUUUGCUCUCCCAUGUUAUCUGUUAGCAUCAUCGUUGGCAGGCUCUCAGCACUGUAUCAACCGUGUCGACCAAUUGUUCUUUGGAGACUAACUUUUAUGGAAGGCAUGCAGUCCUUCAAAGCGUAUUGCUACACAUGUGACGGCGCUUCCGACCCUAACUGCAAGCUACUAAGGUGCCUGCCCUUUUCCCACUGUGGUGGGGUCAAAGUUCAUUAGUCACCUCUACCCUUGUUCUUCCACAGGAAGUAGAUUAUGAGGGAAUCAACUCGUAUUUAUGCAUUUUUCUGUUUUAAAGAAGAGGUUGCUACUUUCAGCUAAAGACUGAUCUUUGUUAUUUCUUUUGUUUCUCCUGUAGUUUCUCAUUUUCUGCCUGUUCUCAUGAAAGUUUUAUUCUCUUCCUUGUCAUUUUCUUUUUUACUCUAAAUAUCCGCUAAACAGUAUUUAUCACAGCUGUCAUGACUUACGCCAUCUAUAAUGUCAGGCUGAUUGCCAUGCCAGGAACUGGAACCCCAGUCUCUUUGCUCUCUUAAUUUUAUUUUUAACAGUCUGUUAAAUGUCUUCAUUUUGACAAAUACUGGCUGCAUGGUCAUUUUAAGUUCAAUAUGAGCAAAUAACAAAUUUUCAUCUCUUAUGGAAAUCUUCUCUGCUUCAUUUCUCUCCAAUUUUGUAUGUUUUUCCAAAUAGACUUCCCAUCCUUAUUUCUACAUAUACUCUGAUUUGUGUUAUGGACCAACAUUUUUCAGACAUCAAAAUCCCAGGCUCCUUUUUGAUAAACAAAAUUUUGAAUAAGCCAAGGGAGAUUCCUCGAUCCCUGCCACAGCUCUUGGCCUGUCUUUAUACAGCCAGGAUUUUAUGUAACCUAGCAUUUUAGCAAGUUUUGUUAGGAAAAUAUCAUAGCUUUCUAAAUCUUUAAUGUGAAUUUUAGAAGCACAGAUUUCUUUAGUGGACCAUAUCAAUUAAUCAAGUGCUUCCACUACUUUUCCAAAUGCACUUAUGUUUUACAACCUUAGUACCAUUGUGACAUCAUUAUUGCUGGUCUGGUCUUUGUGGCCAGAUAAAUACUUUACUUCUAUGACUUGCCUUUAGUAAUACUGUGUCUAAAGGCUUUUUCAGCCCUUUCUGUAGAAAUUAAAUGUUGGUUUAUUUUCUCUCUUCCUUUUCCCAUGUCACCACAGUGCAAUGUGUUGUAAUUAUUUCUUACUACUGAAUGAACUCCAUAUCUUAAAAUUUUAUCUUUGCACACACUAUUCAUUGCAUGGUAGGUAGUAAUGUCUUUUGAAUUAAUGAGGCAUGAUUUGAAAUGCCAAACUUUGCACAAAAGAGUUGCUGCUAUUGCAUUCCAAACUGCCAUGCCCUCUAUACCAGUGGUUGAUACAACAAAAGGGAGUAUGUCUUCCUUGGAGGAGUCAAGUGUUCUUGAACACUAAACCUGAUAAAAUAAGACUUUGUCUUCAGAAGCUGAGAACUUCCAUUUUUGCCUUUAUAACCUUUGUGGGCUCACUGGUUGGUACAAUUAUGAGGGUAUUUCUGGGUGCUUUUUGUACAAUUUACUUCCCAACCCCAAACAGUUGGAGAACAAUUUAUAGACCAUAAUAGUUGUAGUACUUUCUACUGUGGUGUUAUAGAAGGAAAAUACAUCUUUUGGUAUUAAUUUAAUCUCGAUGAGUAAAUUGUUUUAUUUAGAUUGAAGUAACCUCAAAUUAACAAAUAACUCCACAUAAGAACAAUAACAAGCCUGUAAUAGAUCUUUUCAACAGCUAGUGUGUGCCUACAGCAUGCCAUAUUGUCCUAGGCACUGAGUGAGGACAUAGCUUUGUAAACACCCUGCUGUUGUGGAGCUUUCAGUGGAGGAAGAAGGUAUAGAAUGCCGGGUGAUAGACACCACUGUAGUGCGCUUCGCAGGGUGUAAGGGACGGACUGCUGUGACUGGGAGGUGGUGAGAAAGGUUCAUCUAAGCACUGUCUUCAGUUCCUGUUGUUUCUGAUGCCUUGUGUAUUCAGUGCACUCAAAGAUUUUCCUAAGGAAGUCGUGCUUAAAACCUUCUCCUUUUGUUGGAUUUGUGACUCUCUCAUCAGUGCUGUUUCUAAUGCAUACUGCCUAAAGGCCUUGGGUUCUUUAUUCAUUUAUUCAGGUGGUUUUCUGUCCACCCUCCAGUUCCCUUUUUUAUUUUCUAUAAAAUUAUUACAUCUCCCACAGAAACCAAAACUCUGUAGUGUCUUUAGUAUUACUUCCCUAUAUAUUUUAAACACAAUAUGAGGUGUAGCAUUGUAUGGAAACAUUACAUUAAGAGGUACUUAAUAUAGACACAAUGUAUGUAUUAUAUCAUGCUAGUGUUUGAUAGCUUUUGCUUUCCUGCUUCUAGUGAAAAUUUAUCUUCAGUUUGAAUUUUCUGCUGUUCAUUAAAUGUAAAAUGUUACAGGAUUUUCCACAGUCUUUAAAUGUUUAUCAUUCUUUACUCAGUAUGAAUUUUCUGAUGUGCAGCAGACUUUCAGACUUGAUUUAAGAGCCUGGCUCUCGCUGUGUUAUAGGCAGUCUGGCUGCUGUGCAGUAUUUCGUGUUAAGGCACAUAUCAUGGCAUCCCUUACCCUUUGCUUACAGUAGGAGGCGACAGUCAUGACUAAGAGGCCACCGUAAAAGAUCCAUUCCCAGCUUCACAGUCUUGUGCUCAGUAUUAUGAUGUUCACUGAAGUAUAAACUGUGUCUCAAGGUAUUUUCCAGUUAUCUUCAAGACAUUUUUAAAACCCAUUGCUACUAACUUGGUCUACUUGUAGAUUGCUUGUCUCCUUGUGCCAUUUUAUAACUCCACGAGGAUACUUCAUCUGCCACAGAAUCCAGGAUUCCAUAGUUCUCUAGUAUUACUUACCCUGAAUUCAUUUAACAUAAAAUGAAAUAUAUUAUAGAAGUAUUAUAUCAACAUAAGCUUAAGAUAGCCAGAAUUAAAAGUAUUCAUCAUGUACUAUGCUGGUGUUUAGUAGGUUUGUUUUUGUAACUUUUGGUGACGUGUCCCAGCUACAGUGUUUUGGAACCUAUAAUAAAAUAAAAUGACAUUCCCCUA